UGCGGUGGCUGUGUACGUGGAAGUAGCCCACGCAUGCGCAGUUCAGCUCUUUCAUCUAUGGGAAGGGCCGAGGGUAACCUCCCGGGCUCAGGGGAGACUGGUGGGAUGAUGGGCACCCGCUGACAAGGCCGGUCGAGUGGAGAAGGAGUCGAAGUGGUUCGCUGCACCUUUCCCCGGGCCUGCUCCGGUCGCCCUGGCCCUCGGCCUUCCCGCUUGGUGCUGCCGCCGCCACUGCCGGCCGAGGAGGGAGGAUGAGUUGGUUUAACGCCUCCCAGCUCUCCAGCUUCGCUAAGCAGGCCCUGUCUCAGGCCCAGAAGUCCAUCGACAGGGUCCUGGACAUCCAGGAAGAGGAGCCGAGCGCCUGGGCCGAGACCAUUCCGUACGGAGAGCCGGGAAUAAGUCCCCCUGCCAGUGGAGGAUGGGAUACAUCAACCUGGGGGCCAAAAUCAAACACUGAACCUCAGAGUCAACCAGUAGCCUCUCCUAAAGCAAUUACAAAGCCAGUUCGGAGAUCUGUGGUAGAUGAAUCUGAAACUUUCUUCAGUGCCUUUCUCUCUCCAACGGAUGUCCAAACCAUUCAGAAGAGUCCAGUGGUAUCAAAACCACCAGCUAAAUCACAGAGACCAGAAGAAGAAGUGAAAAGCACCUUACAGGAAUCCUUGCACACAGGAGAGUCAAGAACAACUGAAACAACUGAGUCAAAAGUAAAAGACUCUUCUUCCUGCGUAUCAUCAGGGGAAACUCUGGCAGUGGAUACUUUGUCACCUAAAACUGAAGGCAAGCAUGAAGAAAUUGUUAAUAAAGAACAGGAUAUAAAGGAGUCAACCUUAAGUUUGAAAGUAUCUGAGAGUGUAAUUAAAGUGAAAAUAACUAGGGAAAAUCUAUCCAAUAUAUCUACGCAGUCUCUCACAGCAGAAACAAAAGACAUGGCAUCGGAACCUAAGGAACAAAAACAUGAAGACAGACAGAGCAAUACACCUUCUCCUCCUGUGAGUACUUUCUCGUCAGGUACUUCUACCACCAGUGAUAUUGAAGUUUUAGAUCAUGAAAGUGUAAUAAGUGAGAGCUCAGCAAGUUCAAGACAAGAGACUACAGAUUCAAAAUCAAGUCUUCACUUGAUGCAGACAUCUUUUCAGCUUCUCUCAGCAUCUGCUUGUCCCGAAUAUAAUCGUUUGGAUGAUUUCCAAAAACUCACUGAGAGUUGCUGCUCAUCUGAUGCUUUUGAAAGAAUAGACUCGUUUAGUGUACAGUCAUUAGAUAGCCGAAGUGUAAGUGAAAUCAACUCAGAUGAUGAAUUGUCAGGCAAGGGAUAUGCUUUAGGACCUAUUAUAGUUAAUCCUUCAACUCCAAAGACUAAAAUAGUUGAAUCUGUUGAAGGAAAAUCUGAGGAAGAAGUAAAUGAAACACUAGUUAUUCCCACUGAGGAAACGGAAAUGGAAGAAAGCGGACGAAGUGCCACUCCUGUUAACUGUGAACAGCCUGAUAGCUUGGUUUCUUCUACACCAGUAAAUGAUGGACACACUGUCUUAGACAAGACGGCUGAGUGGUGCGAAGCUGCUGAAAGUCAGCCAGAAGCACUUCCUGAGAAGGAAGAUAUUUGCAAGAAAAUUGAGUAUCUGAAUGAGAAACUGGAUAAAAGGGAAGCUCAGUUAUUAUCUCUUAGUAAAGAAAAAGCACUUUUAGAAGAAGCUUAUGAUAAUCUGAAAGAUGAAAUGUUCAGAGUGAAAGAAGAAAGCAGCAGCAUUUCUUCUCUGAAAGAUGAGUUUACUCAAAGAAUUGCAGAAGCAGAAAAGAAAGUUCAGCUAGCCUGCAAAGAGAGAGAUGCUGCUAAAAAGGAAAUCAAAAGUAUAAAAGAAGAACUUGCGACUAGAUUAAAUAGUAGUGAAACUUCAGACCUUCUGAAAGAGAAAGAUGAACAGAUCCGAGGGCUAAUGGAAGAAGGAGAAAAACUUUCAAAACAGCAGCUGCAUAGUUCUAACAUCAUUAAGAAAUUAAGAACUAAAGACAAAGAAAAUGAAAAUAUUAUUGCAAAGCUGAACAAAAAAGUUAAAGAGCUAGACGAAGAGUUACAACAUUUAAAACAGGUCCUUGAUGGCAAAGAAGAGGUUGAGAAACAACAUAGAGAAAAUAUUAAAAAACUAAAUUCUGUGGUUGAACAUCAAGAAAAGGAUCUUGGCCGACUUCAAGUAGACAUGGAUGAACUUGAAGAAAAGAACAGAAGUAUUCAAGCUGCUCUUGAUAGUGCAUACAAAGAACUUACUGAUCUCCACAAAGCCAAUGCUGCAAAGGAUAGUGAGGCACAGGAAGCUGUUCUAAACCGUGAAAUGAAAGCUAAGGAAGAACUUUCUGCAGCACUAGAGAAGGUCCAAGAAGAAGCCCGUCAGCAGCAAGAAACAUUAGCCAUUCAAGUAGGGGACCUUAGGUUGGCACUGCAACGUGCAGAACAAGCAGCUGCCAGAAAAGAGGAUUAUUUACGACAUGAGAUCAGUGAACUCCAGCAGAGGCUCCAGGAAGCGGAGAAUCGAAACCAAGAACUGAGUCAAAAUGUUUCAUCAACAACAAGACCGUUGGUUCGACAGAUAGAAAAUUUGCAAGCAACUCUAGGGUCCCAGACGUCGUCGUGGGAGAAGUUAGAGAAGAAUCUUUCUGAUAGGCUUGGUGAAUCCCAGACCUUGUUGGCAUCAGCAGUUGAAAGAGAACGUGCAGCUACAGAAGAACUCCUUGCCAACAAAAUUCAAAUGUCUUCCAUGGAGUCACAGAAUUCUCUCUUAAGACAGGAAAACAGCAGAUUUCAGGCCCAGCUAGAAUCAGAGAAAAACCGGUUAAGAAAACUGGAGGAUGAAAAUAAUAGGUACCAGGUUGAAUUAGAAAACCUCAAAGAGGAGUAUGUAAGAACCCUUGAAGAGACAAGAAAAGAAAAGGCAAUGUUGAAUAGUCAGUUAGAAAUGGAGAAAAUGAAAGUUGAACAAGAAAGGAAGAAAGCAAUUUUUACUCAAGAAGCAAUAAAAGAAAAGGAACGGAAGCCAUUUUCUGUUUCUAGCACUCCCACAAUGUCACGCUCGAGUUCAGUGAGUGGUGUUGAGAUGGCAGGGCUACAAACAUCUUUUCUGUUUCAGGAUGAGCCUCAUGAUUACUCAUUUGGGCCAAUGUCUGUGUCAGCAAAUGGAAGCAAUCUUUAUGAUGCUGUAAGGAUGGGAGCAGGAUCAAGUAUUAUUGAAAAUCUACAGUCUCAGCUAAAACUAAGGGAAGGAGAAAUUACUCAUUUACAGCUAGAAAUUGGCAAUCUAGAAAAGACACGAUCGAUAAUGGCUGAAGAGCUAGUUAAAUUAACAAAUCAAAAUGAUGAACUUGAAGAGAAAGUGAAGGAGAUACCCAAACUUCGAACUCAGCUAAGAGAUUUGGAUCAAAGAUACAACACUAUUCUGCAGAUGUAUGGAGAAAAAGCAGAAGAGGCAGAAGAACUUCGAUUAGAUCUUGAAGAUGUAAAAAAUAUGUAUAAGACUCAAAUAGAUGAACUUUUAAGACAAAGACUCAGUUAACUUUUGAAAAUUACAUUUCCAUCAAACUGAAUGUAAACAUUUAAUAGCUAAAUGCAGAUUUUCAAUAAAUUCUCUUAUAAAAUUAAAAAGUAGAAUUUACUGUAGAGUUCAAAAAUUGAAAAAGGUUAUUGUAUAUAGUAAUAUUUGCAGUUAAAUUAUUUUGUGCAAUAUUUGAACUUUAUUUUUGAAACUCCUUAAAGAUUUAUUUUUUAAAGCAUUUCUUUUCCCUUGAAUAGCACAGAGAUUUAUUACUUUAUCCUUACAUCAAUAUGGUUAGGG